AUGACACGUCGCAUUGUUCGCACCAUCAGCCAGCUCGGCGCCCUGCUGCUCGUUGUUCUACUCUUUGUCUUCGUCGUCGACACGCGCUACCGCCUGCUGCCUCAGUCCAUUCAUACCGCCAAUUUCCUGCACCAUCCCGGUCUCGUCAUCACCGAUGUCACCCUGACCACAUGCUCCUCGAUCAACCCCCUCUCUUCGUGUCGCCUCGACCCCUCGCUGUGGCAUCGCAUUGAAAAGGAUCUAUACCUGCAUAGUGGCUGGGUCUCCUCUGCAUACCUUCACGUCCAGCGCAAAAAGGAGGAAGAACUCACCGACGAGGACAAGGUCGUCCUUGACCUUCGUGUUGGUCGUCUCGACCCUGGCGUCGGCGAGAAGGGCCAGCAACAAGAGCGGUGGGAGUCUCGUCCGGGCAACAUCUGGUUGUUGAGAAGCAACAAGAGAAAAGACUCGGACAGCGAUCGAGCUGUCACCGCUGUCGACGUCCUGUUCGGCGUGGAUGCUGUCGACCCUCGUCCAGCUUGGUCCGUCACUCAGACACCCUUGCUUCUUGAUGCCACUUCCCGUCUUCAGGCUGCCCGGAUAAGCAUCCGUCAUGGUGCCCUCAAGCCCGACAAGAAAUCCGUCAUCCCGAGAAUCCGCAAGGACGGCAAAUUCAAAAUCUUGCAACUCAGUGACCUUCACUUAAGCACCGGUACUGGUGCGUGCAGGGAUGCCAUCGAUGCGAAGGGCGACAUCAAGGGAAGUUGCGAAGCUGACCCUCGCACUCUUGACUUCGUAGGCCGUAUCCUGGACGAAGAGGCUCCAGAUCUCGUUGUGCUGGGCGGUGACCAGGUCAAUGGUGAUACAGCACCGGAUGCUCAAAGCGCCAUCUUCAAAUUUGCCGAUCUUCUCGUAUCACGCUCUAUACCUUAUGCUGCCAUCUUCGGCAACCAUGAUGACGAGGGGCCCAAAGCCUCCCGUCUCUCUCGCGAGGCUCAAAUGUCCCUGCUCUCCACUAUGCCAUUCUCCCUUUCGCGUCCUGGGCCCGACAACGUCGAUGGUGUUGGCAACUACUAUGUUGAAGUCCUAGCUCAGGCUCCAUCGCAGAAUGCUGCCAUCACUCUCUAUUUCCUCGAUACUCACAGCUAUAGUCCUGAUGAGGCGACUUAUAGAGGCUACGAUUGGGUCAAACCUAACCAGAUCCAAUGGUUCACAGAGACUGCUCAAAGCCUCAAGGCACAGCAUGCCAAGUACACGCACAUUCAUCUCGACAUGGCCUUCAUUCACAUACCGCUGCCUGAAUUUACUAAGGAAGGCAACCUCUUAGCUGGUGGCGAGUUCAGAGAACCAAGCACUGCUCCAGGAUUCAACUCUGGUCUCUAUCAAGCACUUAAAGAGCAAGGUGUUGUCUCUGUGGGUUGUGGCCACGAUCACGUCAACGACUUUUGUGCUCUCACUCGCCAAUCCAGCGAUGCCGCCAAAAGCGAAAAUCUUGGCCCUUGGAUGUGCUAUGCAGGUGGCAGUGGAUUCGGCGGGUACGCUGGCUGGGGCGGCUUCCAUCGUCGAGUCCGUGUCUGGGAUGUCGACAUGAAUUCUGGAAGGAUAGUGACCUGGAAGAGAGUCGAGUGUUGUGGCGACGACCUCAAAAAACGGGUUGGCGAACUGCUGAUCGUUGACGGAGGUCGCGUUGUCGUUCCGCCAGAGUCCACUUGA